UCUCUUGAUACUCAGUCAAAUUUUAUCUCCCGUCUAUCGUGAUAUUUUAUUAUUUAUAUGUAUUUAUUAUUUAUAUUACCAACAAUUGGAGUUUUUUACGGAAAUACUUUAAGAAAUUAAAUUUAAUUACCAAAAGAGUGAAAUUCAAUAAUAAUUUUUUUUAUAGAAAAUAACGAGAAAAAAAUUUUUUUUUUAAUGGAUGCAUUGUUGAAUGGUGCUUUAGGACAAAUUGCUGGCAUUGCUUUGGAAAAAUUACGAAAUUCACCACGUCCAAAGGAAAGUGAUGAUAUUCAAAGGAAAUAUGAUGCACUUGAAGCGCAUUUUCAAGGUUUUCAACGUGUUUUGAAACCGGCAAUUAAUUUAUUAAUUGAAAGUAAAUCGGCUGAUCGUGCAAAAUCAGGACAGCAAACUGCAAGUUCAUCGGUUAAUUAUUAUACGCCACAAAAACAAAAUAAUUAUUCUUGUUCUUGUCGAGAGAGAAACAAUCAUCACAAUAAUAAUUUGCCAAAAGUUAAUAAACAGUUUCAUAGUCAGGAAUUUCACGAAGUGACAGAAAUUAAAGUUCCUUGGAGAAAAUGCGAUGCUUGUGAAGUGGUUUCGAAAUUUUUAAUACCCACAAGUUGUGAUCACGAGAUUUGUCAAAAAUGUGUCAAAAGUGGAAGAGAUUGUCAAAAAUGUUUAAAAUCUUUGAAAAAUAUUAAGCGCGAAAAAUUUUGAUAAAUUCAUUUUGUUUUUAAUUUUUUUUUUCUUUCAUUUUUUAAAAAAAUGUCUACAUAUAGUGAGAAUUUUUGUUACUACUACUACUGAAGAUUUUUAUAUGAAUAUUACGAUUCAAAAAUUUUAAAUUAUAAAUAUUCACUCAUAAAAAUGUAUUAAAUUUUUUUUAUCUAAUAAAUAAAUUUUUCUUUUUUA